GCGUGGGGAGCGCGCGGGGGACUCAGGCCUCGCUUCACCUGAGCCGGCCCAGCGUGCGCGCCGCGGGCGGGGGCUGCCUCGCUUCACCCCAGUUGGGACGAGGAAACUUGUCGAGGCGGCGACCGCGGGCCCGGUUCCGGAGCCGGGCGGCAAGGCCGUCGGGAAGUGACUUCUCACUCUCGGGGCUUUCUUUAAUCCCCCACCCCACCCCCGCCCCGCUCUCCUCGGGCGCGUGGUCCCUCCGGGGCGGCGGCCGCGUGCGGACAGCCAUGCAUUAGGCAGGGCUCCCCUAUGCGCCCGGAGAGUGCCGACCGCUGCCUCGGGCCGCCGCCGCCUGCUGCCCCUCGCGGAGCCCGAGCCGGAGCCGCCGCCGCCUGCCCCAAGCCGGGGCGUCGAGCAGCCGGCGGCGCGGCCAUGUGGGGUUAGCCCUCGCCGCGCCUGACUGCAGCAGGACCAGCAACAUGGAGGCUGCCGUCGGCGCCCCCGACGGCGGGGACCAGGGCGGCGCGGGGCCCCGCGAGGACGCGACGCCCAUGGACGCCUAUCUGCGGAAACUGGGCUUGUAUCGGAAACUGGUAGCCAAGGACGGGUCGUGCCUGUUCCGGGCCGUGGCAGAGCAGGUAUUGCACUCUCAGUCUCGCCAUGUUGAAGUCAGAAUGGCCUGUAUUCACUAUCUUCGAGAGAACAGAGAGAAAUUUGAAGCGUUUAUAGAAGGAUCAUUUGAAGAAUAUUUAAAGCGUUUGGAAAAUCCACAGGAAUGGGUGGGACAAGUGGAAAUAAGUGCCCUUUCUCUUAUGUACAGGAAAGAUUUUAUAAUUUAUCGGGAACCAAAUGUUUCUCCUUCACAAGUAACUGAAAAUAAUUUUCCCGAAAAGGUAUUACUGUGUUUUUCAAAUGGAAAUCAUUAUGAUAUUGUCUAUCCUAUAAAGUAUAAAGAUAGCUCUUCUGUGUGUCAGUCUCUCCUUUAUGAAUUGCUGUAUGAGAAGGUGUUUAAAACGGAUGUUAGUAAAAUUGUGAUGGGACUGGACACCUCUGAAGUAGCUGAUGAAGACAACAGUGAAAUAUCAGAUUCAGAGGAUGACAGUUGCAAGAGUAAAACUACCACUGCUAAUGAUGUGAAUGGAUUUAAACCUUUGUCAGGAGAUGAGCACCCAAAGAACAAUGGGAACUCUCCUAGCCUUCCUUUGUCUAGAAAGGUUCUUAAGUCACUCAAUCCAGCAAUCUAUAGAAACGUGGAAUAUGAAAUAUGGCUGAAGUCUAAACAAGCUCAACAAAAACGUGAUUACUCCAUUGCUGCUGGCUUACAAUAUGAAGUUGGAGAUAAGUGUCAAGUUAAGUUGGAUCACAACGGAAAAUUUUCUAAUGCCGACAUUCAAGGAGUUCAUUCUGAGAAUGGACCAGUUUUGGUUGAAGAACUGGGAAAGAAACACACAUCAAAGAAUCUCAAAGCAUCUCCCCCAGAAAGCUGGAACACAGUGUCAGGGAAAAAGAUAAAGAAACCUUCCACUUCUGGUCAAAAUUUCCAUUCUGACAUGGAUCACAGAGGGCCAAAGAAUCCAAGCAAGCCAGUAAAAGCCCCAUCAGCACUACCUCCUCGACUACAGCAUCCUUCGGGAGUAAGACAACAUGCAUUCUCUAGUCAUUCUUCAGGGUCACAGUCUCAGAAAUCCUCCAGUGAGCACAAAAAUCUUAGCAGGACACCCUCACAGACCAUAAGAAAACCUGAUCGUGAGAGAGUUGAGGAUUUUGAUCACAUGAGUCGAGAAUCUAACUAUUUCGGCCUUUCCCCAGAAGAGCGCAGAGAGAAGCAAGCUAUAGAAGAAUCUCGUUUACUCUACGAGAUUCAGAACAGAGAUGAACAGGCUUUCCCAGCCCUUUCCAGCUCGUCAGUCAGUCAGUCAGCUUCUCAGAGUAGCAACCCAAGCGUCCAGAGAAAGUCAUCACAUGGAAAUGAGAGAAAAGGAAGCAGGCGGAGAAUGGAUCCGGAAGAACGAAAAGACAAAGACUCUAUCCAUGGACAUACUCACUUGGAUAAAAAACCUGAGCCAAGCACAUUGGAGAAUAUUAGUGAUGAUAAAUGUGCAAGAGUUUCAUCACCAUCAAAGUCAAAGAAAUUAGAGUGCACGUCUCCCGCAGAACAGAAGCCAGCAGAUCGUGUGUCUUUGUCAAGUCCAGCUCCCCUUCUGGUUUCUCCAGAGGUACAUCUAACCCCUGCGGUGCCUUCUUUACCAGCCACUGUGCCAGCCUGGCCAAGUGAACCUACAACUUUUGGACCAACAGGUGUCCCUGCUCAAAUUCCUGUUUUGUCAGUGACACAGACUCUGACCACUGGACCUGAUUCUGCUGUAUCCCAAGCUCAUUUAACACCCUCUCCAGUUCCUGUGUCAAUACAGGCAGUUAACCAGCCCUUGAUGCCUUUGCCUCAGACGUUGAGCCUUUACCAAGACCCACUCUAUCCUGGGUUUCCUUAUAAUGAAAAGGGAGAUCGAGCCAUUGUACCACCUUAUUCACUGUGUCAGACUGGAGAGGACCUGCCUAAAGAUAAGAACAUUCUUCGAUUCUUCUUCAAUCUUGGUGUGAAGGCAUAUAGUUGUCCUAUGUGGGCCCCACAUUCUUACCUGUACCCUUUGCACCAGGCCUACCUGGCAGCCUGCAGGAUGUACCCAAAGGUCCCUGUCCCAGUGUAUCCUCAUAAUCCUUGGUUCCAAGAAGCUCCUUCUGCUCAGAAUGAAAGUGAUUGUACCUGUACCGAUGCCCACUUUCCUAUGCAGACUGAGGCCAGUGUUAAUGGUCAAAUGCCACAGCCAGAGAUUGGACAGCCGACAUUUUCUUCACCGCUGGUUAUCCCUCCAUCUCAGGUGUCUGAAAGUCAUGGACAGUUAUCUUACCAGGCUGAUCUUGAAUCUGAGAACCCUGGGCAGCUUCUUCAUGCUGAUUAUGAAGAGUCACUAAGUGGCAAGAAUAUGUUCCCACAACCGUCCUUUGGACCUAAUCCAUUCUUAGGCCCGGUUCCUAUUGCACCUCCUUUCUUUCCUCAUGUUUGGUAUGGGUACCCUUUUCAGGGAUUCAUAGAAAAUCCAGUAAUGAGGCAGAAUAUUGUCCUCCCCUCUGAUGAGAAAGGAGAAUUGGAUGUGCCCCUGGAAAAUCUGGAUCUGUCUAAAGAAUGUGGUUCAGUUUCAGCAGUAGAUGAGUUUCCAGAAGCCAGGGGUGAAGGUGCACAUUCUCUCCCUGAAGCAAGCGUGAGCAGUAAGCACGAAGGCCGGGCGGAGCAGUCGUCCCAGACACGAAAGGCAGAUCUUGUAUUGGCUGCUGUUCCACCUGUUGCAGAGGGAAAGAUUCAUCUUCCCACUCAGAUUCUAAACAGAGAGAGAGAAACUGUGCCUGUUGAACUUGAGCCUAAAAGGACCAUUCAGAGUCAGAAAGAAAAACCCGAAAAAGUAAAAGAUCCCAAGACUGCUGCUGAUGUGGUCAGCCCUGGGGCCAACUCUGUGGAGAGCAGAGUGCAAAGACCAAAAGAAGAGAGUUCAGAAGAUGAGAAUGAAGUGUCUAAUAUUUUGAGAAGUGGUAGAUCCAAGCAGUUCUAUAAUCAGACCUAUGGAGGCAGGAAGUACAAAAGUGAUUGGGGCUAUUCUGGUAGGGGUGGAUAUCAGCACGUGAGAGGUGAGGAGUCCUGGAAAGGGCAGCCAAGCAGAAGCCGGGACGAAGCUUAUCAGUACCAUCGGAAUACUAGAGGACGACCAUACAGGGGAGAUAGGAGGAGAUCAGGGAUGGGAGAUGGCCACAGGGGACAAAACACUUGAUUGUUGCUGGAGUAUUUUCGAGCAGAAACCCUUUCUAAGGUGGAAUGUUUCUGAACGCUUUAAAAAAAAGACAAAAUAAAACCCAAAUUGGAACUGUUUCCCUCUCACCCCCACUUUACCUUCACUCCCAAUCUGGACAGAGAUUCUGGACAUGAGUUCAAGGGGGCAGGUGGAAUUCCUGGCAUUGCUAGUUUUCGUCAUUCAAAAUCUGUUUAUUUAUCGGGUGACUGCCCCCUUAAAAAGUAGAAGAUAAGUUUGUUAAAGUAUUUUUUAUAAACAGCUUAAUAUAAAACA